AUGGCUGAAAGACAAUCAGCAUCAUCACCAACUCCUUCUUCACCACCACAACAACAACAACAAACACCUCAACAACCACCACAAUAUUUACUAAAUUCAAAAAAGAAUUUUAAAGUAAAAGUAUUAAAUGGUAGAGAAGUUGAAAGACACCCAUUAAAUUCAAUUACAAAAACAGAGGAUACAGGUAAACCAAAACAAUCAUCAUUAUCAUCAAAUGCAAGUUCACUUCAAUCAGCAGCAGCAGCAGCAUCAUCAUCAACAGCAACAACAGAUAUUGAUCCAUUAAACAACAAUAAUAAUAAUAAUACAGAUAUUGAUCCAUUAAAUAAUCCAUUAGAAAAAAAACAUGAUCCACUUUCAGAAACAAUUGCAACAAUGGGUGGAUUAAAAUUAAUAAAAGAAAAUCAUUUAACAAAUUAUGUUGAUGAGAAUUUUAUGCCAUGGGAUACAUUGAAACCAUCGAUUCUUCAACAAUAUACCUCUGAUGAUUCAAAUCCAAUUCAAGUUUCUUUUAUGUCAACUGGUACAAGUGGUAAAAUUAAAAUUCCAAUCAAUCGUUUAAAUAAGAUUUUAGAAGAAUUGGAACAAGAUAAAGAAGAUUCAAAAUCAACACAAUUCUCUCAACCUGAUAUCAUUAUGGAUUUAGAAACUUUACAUUCUGAAUUAUUAAAAGCUUGGGCUGCUGAAGAAAGAGUUAGAUCUUUAAAAAUUGCAAUUCAAACAGCAAAAUUAUUAUCAGAUACAUCAUUAAUUAAAUUUUAUCCAAGUAAAUUUGUAAUUGCAACAGAGAUAUUAGAUACAUUUGGUAAUUUAGUAUAUGAUAGAAUUAAAAAGAGAUUACAAUCAUCAAAAGAAAGUAAAAAUCAUGAAAUAUUACUAAAGGAACAAGCAAAGGAAACUUGUAGAAAUUGGUUCUAUAAGAUUGCAUCGAUUAGAGAGUUAUUACCAAGAUUGUUUGUAGAGAUUUCAAUUUUAAAAUGUUAUGAAUUCAUUCAAGGUGAUGUAAACACUGAACCAAAACAAGUGAUUAAUCGUAUCAGUGAAAUGAUUAGAGGUAUUGGUAAUCCAUUGGUUGCAAAUUACAUUAGAGCUUAUUUGACAAGAAGAUCAUUCGAUCUUUGUCCAGAGUAUAAGAAAUUCGUCAUUCAAUUAUUGAAAGAUUUCGUUUUCACUCAAAAAUCAUACGAGAAAUCAAAAUAUUUAGAGAAUACCUUGUCAAUGUAUAGAAUUACUCUCACUGAUUAUAUGGGACUAUAUUCACCAUCAUUGGAAUGGUUACUACAAUGUUUGGCUCAUAAAGCAACACCUGAAACUUUGGAAGAGGUUUUAGAACUUUUCAGAGAAUCAAAGAAUUCUCUCCUCUUAAAUCAUAUCAUUAGUUCUUUCCCACCAGAAUACAUUUGUAGUAAUUCAACAAUGUUUUCAAAUUUCAUAAAGGAUGCCGAUACUCUCUCCUAUCCAAAAUAUCAACUCUAUAGUACUUUUGGUGUUAAUUUGGUUUUAGGUCAACCUCCAAAGAAUCAAAUCUUAUCAAUUUUAAAUGAUGUUUGGAAAGUUGUUACAAACUUUGAAAAUAUUAAAGAUUAUAUUUCUGUUGCUGAAGUUUUUAUUGAAUAUGUUUUAACUCAUUGUUCUGAAAAAGAAACAGAUGUUUUCUUAAAAGAUAUUCUUAGACAUAUUAUACCAGAUAAAGGUUAUGAAACAAUUCAAUCACAUCUUCAAUCAAUUGUUUUAAAAAUUUUUACACAUAUCUCUGAUUUUGGUAAAUUAGUUUCGUUUACAAACUUUUUACCAUUAUUAGAUUUAUUUAAUGGUGAAUCACAAAAACAAAUUAGUAGAUCAACAUUAGAAGCAUUAUCAACAUCAAAAGUUAUGACAUCAGAUCCAAUAUUGAUAAAUACAUUCCUUACCUAUGGUAAAGCAUUACAUGAUUCAUUGAAUAGUCUUAGUUUCCAAGAUGAAGUUAGACAAGUCACUCAAUUGGUUGUAAAUUGUAUCAAUAAGAUUGAUUUCGGAAGAGAUGUUGAAAAACAGUUAAACUUUUAUGUAGAGUGUAGACAAACCUUUAUCAAUUUCGAUGGUGUAAAGAAUAGAUUGGUCUAUGGUGUUUGUGAAAUUUGUGAGAAAACUUUAAAUUUGGUAAAAGGUAAACAUACUCCAAAGACUACCUCUUUUAUUCGUGCUUGUGUUGCCUAUUGCUUCAUUACAAUUCCAUCAAUUGAUGAUAUCUUUUUAAAGAUGAAUCUUUAUUUAGUCUCUUCAUCUGUGGCUUUACAAAAUCAAGCACUCUCUCAAGCCGAUGCUUUAUUAAAGGCUGCCAUCACUUUUAUUCAAGAAAUCCCUCCAAUCUUGGAGUUUAAACAAGUUAAAUCAACUGAAGAUUGGACAAUCUCUUAUGUCUCUGAUUUUAUCUCACUUUUAGUUGUAACUCCUGGUCAUCCUGAAAGUGGUCCUUUCUAUUUAGUAAAGGCUCUUUAUAAAGUCAUUAAAGAAUAUCAAUGGGAAUCAAGUUCAACUGCUAAAUCAAAAUUAUUUAUUCAAUUAUUAUUACUUUGUUCUUCUUGGGCACAAACUUCAUUACCAUAUCAUAUUGAAAAAGUUGAAUCAAAUGAUCAAUUAUUUACAGAAGAUCCAGAGUUUAAUACAGAAUUAACAGAAUUUUAUAAUUCAUUAAUUAAAGAAAUUUUAUAUGAUUUAAAUCUUUUGAAAGAUGAACCAGAUAAUUUAACACAGAAAAAAGUUGGUAUCAUUUGUAUUGAUUUAAUAAAUGCAUUAUUAAAUGUUGGUGAAUUAAAUAGUAAGACAGCAUCAUUAAUUUUCAAUUUAUAUAAUAUGGCAAAGAAAAUUAUACCAUCAACCUGUUUCAAUGAAAUUACAUAUUUAAAGAAUACUCUUGCUUUUAUUGGAACUCUUGAAUCUAAAAUGGGUCAGGAUAUUUUUAAUAAACUUUCACAACAACAAUAA